CCAUUACUUCAUACGUUGAAGAAAAUGGCCGACCUAAGCUGUGGGAUGAUAUUUUGUGAAAAAAUAUGUGAUGUUUUAUAAUGCUGUUCUCAAUGUCAGUGAUUUCAAAAACUUAUUUUUUAUUCUGAGUGUUGUGCUUAAAAAAGUGAAUGAAAAAUUGGACAAUACUUCUCAAUCCAGCCACAGAGAACUGUUCAUAAGUGGGAAACAAAUUCCUUCGUUCUUAGCUAGGUGGUAGCAAUAUGAGUGAUGAUUGGGAUGAUAUACAUACUAGUUUCAAUCCAAGUGCCAGAAAGCGAAUUGCCAGAAGAAUCUCAGAGAGCAGCUCAGACAGCGAAAGAUCAGCUGUCACCGCUGAAAGAAAAAUAAGAAAAACACAAGUGAAACAUUUAAACAAGAGAGCAUUUACAUCAAGCAAUUCUAGUGGUGUUAGUAGUGAUGAAAGUGUCAUUCAUGCUCCUAGUCGUAAGAGACGCAGAAGACUGUCAAGUGAUAACGAAAAUAAUAAUGAAACUAAUGACUCUGGUAGUGAGAGUGAAGUAAUUGUUCAAACUGUAAAAAGAUCCUCACGAGCUGUGAUAAGAAGUGAAGAAGAAGAUAGUAGCACGAGCAGUAGCAGUAGUAGUCCUAGAAGCAGCAGCAGCAGUAGCAGUAGCAGCAGCAGCAGUGGUAGUAGCACUUCUUCUUCUACUACUUGCAACUCUGAUAGCUCAUUCAGUGUUGCCUCGUUCGGUAGACUAAUGAGACGGUCAAAGAGAGCGGCGGCGGUCGCAUUUGUGGUGAGCAGCGAUGAUGAAUGGAGCACCUCGGACAGUGGAACGAGUUCCCCCAAUCUUCCACGACUUCGAAAUACAAGGACCAAUAGGAUACCAACCACAUCAUCAUCAUCAUCUUCAUCAUCAGACUCACCUAUCCCCCGACCACGUAGAGCUGUUAGUAGAACGAUCUCUGCUGUUAGCGAAACGACGUCAGACUCCAGCUCGGAGGAUGAACAAGUCGUUGUUGAAGGAGAUGAAAACGACUGGGAAGAUGUUGAAUCUGAAGAGGAGAUUAAAGCAACUAAGAAGACGAAACCGGUACUACCUGCGCUAGCAUCGAGUUCUGAUAGUGAUGAUCCUUCGGCAGAACCAUGUCCGAUCUGUUUGAGGAAGUUGACCACUCAGGAGAUUGGCACGCCCGAAUCGUGUGAUCAUAGUUUCUGUUUAACAUGUCUUCAACAAUGGGCUAAGAAUGUAAAUACGUGUCCAGUUGAUAGGCAACACUUCUCUAUGAUUCUGGUUAGGAAAUCUGGUAGUGAUGAAAUACUUAGAUCCAUCAGAGUUGAAAAUGUAGAAGUUGUAGAGGUGGUGGACGUUGUGGAUGAUCCAACAGCCUGCGAGAUCUGCGGGGAGAGCGACAGAGAAGAUAGGCUGAUGCUGUGCGACGGCUGCAAUCGCGGCUAUCACCUGGAGUGCAUGACCCCACCCCUCGACCACGUGCCCAUCGAGGAGUGGUACUGUCCCGACUGUAACGACUACUUCAUCAUUCCAAAUGAGGACUCGUUCUCAGAUGAAGAAUGGAGUAUAAAUAUAAGACGAACACGCCGUGGCGGGGUUGGAGGGAUUGUAUUGAGGCAGUCUCGGCUGAUGCCCAGGACUCGACAAAGCGAGCGAAUCAUGUCACUGCUGGGUCAUCCUACAUCCAGAAACGCCGCCACUAUGUCACAGGUGCGAGCUACGCAAUUGCAGGCGGCGUCAGGUUCGGGCGUAGGAUCGCAACGCAGGAUGGGCGCUGGUGCUGGUGGGCGUGCGGCUGCUGUCAGAAGCAAUCAGGCAUCGGCGACCCCGAGAAGAGCAACGAGAGCUGGCCGCAAGAAGCGACGAAAGCGCAAGACGAAUGCUGCCUUCAGGAUAAAAGUGAUACAGACCGAGGAAGGAACUAUCGAGGUGUCGUUGCCCAGAAAGAAGCGGAAGAAGAGAAGGGUGAAGAGACGAAGAACUGGCGGAGGAGGCGGUCCAAGGGUGGCAGGAACUGUGGCUAAAACGCCCAAGGAACGUUUGGCCAAACGACUGGGUAUCUGCGCUAGGAAGCAUGUAGCUAGCAAGCAAACUCCUCCCACUCUAUCUGGGACCCAGCAGCUCUCAAUGAGCCGCGCGUCAGCUGGCAUUCCCACCCUCGACCUGUUUGGAAACAGGAAUCAGCUGGAUGGAUCCUUCCCUCAGUCACGCUCCGAAUUCUCGUCCAACUACGGAAUCGGAAUCUCGCCGUUCACCGGCUCGGCUCCGAUCCGCUUCCGGAUGACUGCUCCGCCCCGCAAGCCAACCAUGAUGAUUCCUCCCCUCGAACAGCCUCCCAUGCCCGACGCCAGUCUCUUUCCUUCUCUGCACUCGCCAUCGCAUUCGUCGAAUGACGACGAAGAGGUGGAUAUUUACAGUGAUAUUGAGCCGAAUGGUGCCGGCGAGGCCGAUGACAGCGACAGGAAUUUCGGUACCCUGGAGCCGCCCCCCGAGCCUCCAGCCAUUCUCAUGAAUAUUGGCACAGAUGACAAUGCGGCCAGUGAUGACGAGGGGCUCAUCAUUGAUGACAGGCCGCCGCCUCCGCUGCCGCCCCCGCUCCCCGCCCCCGAUACCAUGUACGAUCCGGCUGAGCCUUGUGACUCAAACUCCUCGUCAGAUGAAGCUGGAACAUCGAAGAUUCCCUACCCACCUCUGCCGAAAAGGUGGAAACCGCCUCCACCCGAGCCAGACGACCCGGCCAGCCACCCGAACUACGGCAUGUGUCCGACAAUCGGCCUGGUGCCAAGUGACUCGUCCGAGGAAGAGGCCGCCGAGUGUCCCAACUUCUCCAUGUACAGCUCGACCAGCAUGACCCUGGUGGCGCAGAAAGACGAGGAUGCGGCUGACGAGGACAGCGAGUCUCCCAUCACGGCCAGCUCUGACAACCUGCCCGACAUACCCUUACCGGCCUACCAACCUCACCUGCCCAAAGCAAGUGAAGAGGAUGCACAAAUUGAUGAUGACGAUGAAGAAGAGGUUGAAGAGAAUGACGACACUGAAAGCAGCAAUGUUGAGAAAAUAGUUGGAGAUGAUAUUGAAAACCAAUUGAACGAUUUAGAAUUGAAGUCGUUUAAUCAAAACACAAUGGAUAUUCCUAUCCCAGCCGACAUGAAGGAGGAAGACAUCCCAAUUCCGGCUGAAUUAAAUAACGAGGAAAUUCCCAUUCCUGAAAAGACUGAAGAGACCGAUGAAAACAAGGAAGCAAGUCUUGGUGAUGAAGAGAAGAUUUGUUCUCAGCACGAAGAGAAAUCUGAAGCUGAUGAAAAAGGAGAAUCGGAGAAAGCCAGUGUUCAGUCACGAGAAGGUGAAGACGAAGGAAGCACCCAGGAUGUCCUAGAUCUUGCCAUCGAGUCGGAAGCCAACCUUCAAGACGCCCAUGACGAAAAUGAUGAUGCAACCAGUAUCAGUACGGUUGGAAAAGAAACAGCUGAAAGCAAAGAGAAACAAAUCGACGCCGGAGAGAAACCAGAUGGGCUGAUCGACAUCACUGAUGAAGAAAUGAGUGUCUAUGAUGGCCAAGAUGAUAACCUCGAUAAAGGAGCAAGUGAAGCUGCCGAAAGUAAAGAUGGUGGUGAAAAUGUUGAACAUGAUGUGUUCGAGUCCGAUGAUGAUAACAGCCUUAUCGGCGGGGCCACAUCAGCUGUUUCAGGUGGAACACUCAACAACUCCGACAACCUGCAAGUUUCCUCCCUACCUGGCUUGGAGGGCUUGGAAACAGAAACUAUUUCCGAAUCGGAAGAUGUCAAUUUCGAUGAAAUUCCGGAAGGUGUCCCACAUUCUGCAUCCAACGAAGAUGAGUACUCGUCGUCCAAAAAGAAAAAGAAGAAGAAAAGCAAAAAGUCAAAUUGUAUCAGUGAGACAGAUGAAUCUGUUUUGCUUGGGUUGAAAGGGCAGUUGAUGGACAUGCUUGAGUUUGAGGAAGGAGAAAUCAUUGAGGAUAAACCUAAACAAUCUUCUAAAAAGGAUAAGAAAGCUAAAUCAAAGCAUGAUAAAGAUGUACCUGAGAAAGAGAAAGAACACACUUCUUCGUCUGCUCGCAAAUCGAAAACACCUCCCCUUGACAAAGAUUCUGAAAAGAAACAGAAGAAGAAAAAAGAUAAGAAAGAUUCGGGAAAAGAUAAAUCUGGAGAAAGUAGUAAGGGUAAAGACUCUAAAUUCAAAGAGAAAACUGCCAAAGUUGGCGAGGGUGAUGAGAAUGUCUCAUGGAAAAAGUUGUCGAAAAGUACAAAAGAGAGAAACUACAGAGACGGGAAGGAGAAGGAUGAGAGAAGCAAGGCGCCAGCGCAAGAGCCAACUAAGAAGGAGAAGGAGAAGGAGAAGAAGAAGGAAAAACGAAAGGAGUUGGAAAGGUAUGAUGUUAGGAGGUUGAUCAGUGAAAGACCAAAACGGCCGAAAAAGGAUGAAUUUGGCCGCGAUAUUUCACCGUCACCGUCGGAGUCGCUGUCGCCUCCUAGGCAGAGGAACAGAUCGCCACUGCGUGUGCGCAAUAGAAGCAGAAGUCCGUGGCGAUCAAGGAGCAGGUCACGCGCUCGCCGACGCACGCGCACGCCGCCGCGCAGGCAGCGGUCAAGGGAACGGCGCUUGCGCACUCUGUCAAGGGAGAGGGCGUCCAAGCGAGACAGGUCGAGGUCACGAGUCCGAGCCAGACCCAAGUCCAGGGAGAGGGAGAGGGAGAGGGAACGCCCCCCGCCACCAGCAAAGACAGCCAAGAAGAAAACACGCAACGAUAGUCGAUCAAAAAAAAAGAGCAAAAGCCGUUCACCGGUCCGACCCGCGAAGAGAGUUUCGCGCUCGUUGAGCAAAUCGUGGUCACCUUCGUGGUCGCGGUCGUCAGCCUCACGCUCCCGGUCAGUGACACCACACAACCAACAGUCCUGCUCGAUCUCCAGGUCGGUCUCCAGGUCAUGGUCCAGAGGCCGCGAUGCUCACAAAAAUUCACACAAAAACUUGACUGUUAUUGUUACUAAUAAAGACGCAAUGAGGAAGAAGGAUAAAAAGAAAACGACAAAGAAAGGAAAAGAUGAUAAGCAGCGUAAAAGAAAGAGGGGACAGUCGCCGGCGCCCUCCAAAGAAGUAUUUACAUCGGGUGAUAAUAUUUUGGUUAGUGUGAAUUUCAAGUCGAACCGAGGAGCAGCUGAACUGGUUCCGGCCAGCACACCUGUUCUCAGGGAGAGCUCGAAACGCAAGAGGGAUGAUGUCGAUCCCAUCACUGGUAGAAAGAAAAAGGAUAAGAACUCCAAAGAGAAUGUUGCUGCCCGUAGCAAGAAAUCGCAGCUAAGUAAGAGUACUAGGUUAUUAAGGUUGAACGAAACUGUGAAAAAUGCUAAACCGGUAGCUGUGAUUGACCUGGAUAUGUCUCCGUUCAGGGAGCAGACGCCUUCGCCGAAAGAAGUGAUAAUUUUGACGGACAGCGGCGGGGAGGACAACGACAAACAGCACAACGACCUGGAGAAGCAGCUGGAGAGAAUGGGCGAGGGUCACGAACCCGGCAGGCGAGACCAACAGCCCGAGUCUCCUUCCACUCACAAUUUCAUGAUGACUAGUACCGGUCCCAAAACACCGCCCGAACCGCAUAUCAAAUUCUCAAUUGUGUCAAAUAAGCCUCAGCUGCGCACGUUGAACAAUCCAUUGAUGGAGUGCGAUGAUGAGAUGCGACAAGACGAGGCAGCCGAAGAGGAGGAGAUGAUGCACAAGGGACCCAACACUCCGCCGGAGCCUCCUCCCGAACUCAACACUCCCGCCUCGCCUCCCACAACACCCUACGACCCGUUCGACCCCACCAAGUCACGAUCACCCAGUCCUCAACCGCUCAACGACUCCAAACAAGACAAAACUGCUGCUGACAACUUGAACGCAAGUCUGCAAUCAGACAUUGAGGAGCACGCUGCAAGGCUGCUCGAACACAGCACGUUGACUCCUCCCAUGGACGCAGAUGAGCUCAAGAAGACACCCGAACCACUCAAAUCGCUUUCCACACCGAAACCAGAACAGAGUACGGAGCCUUCCCCCAAUCAUCAAUCUCCCAGCACUGCAGGUGAUCAGUCCAAAAUAGCCGAUGACAAUUUGCUGAAGCCUUUCCAGAAAUUGUUGUCAUCACAGAGUAAAGUCGACAUAUCGGUACACAAAUCACCAGACAAAGGUAUGACGACUGUGAUUAUAAGUCAGCAAGGGCAACAGAUCAAAAGCUCGAGUUUGUUGCCUACAAAACAAAUCACUUCUACUACUUCUAAGACUCUACAGAUAACUACGUCUAAAAUCUUGUCAAAGCCGACACCUGCUCCGUACAAUCCUCUGCAAGCGUUGAAUGCGAACAAAGCAGCUAGGGCACAGCAGAACGGCAACGAUGCAACUGAUGAUAUCCUAGAGUUGGAUGUGGGAUCGCCGUAUUCUCCGGGCUCAAGUGAAGGGGACGACCUAUUUGACCCUCCGGCCAUGACUCCGCCGCGAACAGCUGUUCCCGCCAAGCGAGGCAAGUUGGCUCAAAACAAGUUGGAUGUGCUGUUCGGUGCGCCGCCGCCCACCAAGUCAUCGCGACGCGGCAAGCACACCUCCAAAGCAGCUAAGAAAGCCAGCAAAGGAAAAACAACCAAAGGAACGGGCAAGAAAGAAGUGAACGUGAAACUAGACGAGGAUCAGCUGAAGAUUCUGGAUGAUCUUCCGAGCUCAGCUGUUGAAAUGCAGGUGAAGGAUAAGUUUUUGAAGAAACUGAAUCGACAAGAACGAGUUGUAGAAGAGGUGAAAAUGGUUCUGAAACCGCACUAUGCCAAGAAGCACAUUGGUAAAGAAGAGUACAAGGAAAUACUGAGGAGAGCUGUUCCUAAAAUUUGUCACAAUCGUUCUGGCGAAAUAAACCCGAUGAAGAUUCAGUUCCUGGUGGAGGCGUAUGUGCGCAAAUUCCGUAAAAACACGGGAGCAGAGCGCAGUGGAGCGGGGCCAGGCGGAGCGGCAAAGAAGAAGGGGGGAGGGACGGGUGCAGGAGUCGGGGGCGGGGGCGGUUCUAGCUCCGCUACGGGAGGCGGUGGCGGUGGUGUUCCUCUUUCCAUCUCCAUUCCUCCCAAACCGAAAAUGCAAAAAACACUUUGGAGUUAGAAUUGAGUUGACUUUUGGAGUUGACGUGUCGUAUUUAAAGCAUGAAUCCUUGGCAUCGGAUAAGAAAGAAACUGGCAUUUCCUAUGGAUGGAGUUUUCAAACAGACUGAACUUUUCUGAAUUUAUUUGAUUCAGUAGUAGUAGUGCAAUGAAAGUUUAAACACUAGACGUACGACCACACUAACAUUAGAUAUGUUUAUUUCGUGUGUUUAUCGUGUAGAUAAUAUUCAGCACAAUACCAAUUGUAAAUUAUUAUUGAUAGAUUUCAAUAUUCUGCCUUUUUCUCGUUGAAAAUCAAAACGUUUGAGUAGUUAUUCGCUCUAACUUUAUUGAUUAGUAUAACGACUAUUAUAAUUUAACUUUUGUGUUUGGAUUGUAAGGUAUUGCAAUAGCUAUUCACAUAGAAGGAAGUCAGGGCUAAUGAGAAACAUUUAUGAAUAACCUUUCAUUUUCACUUUUAAGGAAGCGAUAAAUAUGCUGAAGAUACAAUCAUUCAUUUUGAUAUUCUUAGCUUGUACCUAGCUUUCAUUUUCACAUGUUAGAUUUUUUUGAAAUUAGUGUAAUGUAUCUCAUCAUUGUUUUAGCUGGGUUUACUGGAUGUAAUGGAACAAUUUUUAAAGCAGUAGUACGACUGUACUGAAUAUCACUGAGAGCAAUUUUAUGCGAACAAAUUAGCUUCAAAUACAGAGAGUUUUAAAAAUAGAUGUAAUUGAAAAACUAUUCUAGCUAUGUAAAUGGAGGAAGAACAAGAUAUUAUAAAUUUUGAGUUUUAUCAGGACCUCUUAUAUACUCUAUAGGAAGUCCUGGUUUUAUGCAACUACAAAAUGAAUCACAGUAUCUUCAGAGAUGUUUUAUGUAAAUUUUACAAAUUUCAUUCAUGAUUGAGAUGUAGAUUAUCAUCGUUUUCUGUUGUAUUUGGAGAAAAUAUGUGGAUAGGAAUUUGAGAACUAUCAACAAUAAAAAGAGCUACAGAACGAUGUAAUUAUAUAUAUCAUUACUGAGUCAAUUUUGAAAAUUUAAACCGAUAAUAUUAUGUUUUAUAUUUAUUGUGUUCUUAUUUAUUAUUAUGCUAAUAUCAUGUGAUACAAAAAUAAUUUAUUGAAUGAAUAUUCUCAUUAUUUUAUAAAAUUAUAUAUUGAAAGUUUAGUCGAGCUGAGUAAAAUAACUUUCUAUAGUAGGCUGUUUCUGAUUUAACUCAAAUAAGGGUUUAUCAAUAUUACAUGAUAAUUUUACAGAAAUUGUAGAAUGUAAGAUUAGAUCUAGGCAGAUUGUAAAAAUUUGGCUCAGUUCUUGUUAUUGUGUUAUUUUAUAUUAGCGGAUCUUGAAUCAUGAUAAGUAUAAUAUACUCGUUUUCACAGUUAUCAAAGCUUUCAAAAUGUAAAUGGUUUUAAAACACUGUACAUGAGAAUAAUCCAUAACGAAAGAAUCAUAAGUUAAUGAUUGUUGAAUUAUCCAUCUUCCGUAAAUUGUUCAUAUCCAAUUAUUAAAAGGUAUGAGCUACAUUUUUGUACACGAUGUUUAUGUUGUUGGAAAAUGUUUAUAUCUAAAUAGGAUAAUUAUAUCUAAUCAUCUCUUCAUAAUCUUUUAAAGUUGAAAAGAGGUAAAACCUCUCUUGAUAAUAAAAUUGUUGGUUUUUAUAGUUUUUCAACAAAGUAAUUUUUCAAAUACUCUAGAUUAAAGUUGCAUGCGUACUCAAGGUGAACUACUUCCAAUUUGAACUAGAAUAUGUCCAAGUUACAGUGUAUGUUUAAACAACAACAGAAUCACAAAAAAAAAUUAUCAAAUUUACUCAUGAUAUUUUAUUCUUAUUGCAUUAUUUAUAAACUAUCAAUUGAAUUGUGUUAAUUUUUUUCUGUAGCCUGAUGUCAGUUGAACUGUUUCAAAACUCAUGAUUUGAAAAUUAAAUUAUAGUCAUUAUCACGUUCUCAUAUCUCAUUUCAUUAUUGAUGGAAAAUUUAACCUGAUUUCAAUUUUGAUCACUAGUUUCAUAUAAAAAAUAUCAUAUGAAUUAAUGAAAUCUUCUGAACAAAAAAUGUAAUUUCAAUCUCAUCUUAUUGGAUUCUUUUCGUGUAGCAGUUUUGCAUGUAAAUUAUGAUUUUGUCAUUUAAAUAAUGAAUCUGUAGUUUCAUGUAUUUUUUUGUAAUAAAACAAUAUGUCUAAAAAGUUCUAACACUGAAAUUUUUCAAUUCUUUAAAAAAUGUAAGUACAGUAUUAAUAAGAGAUUUUGGUAUAUUAACCGAUCAGUUUAUAAAAGUAAGAUCUUUUAUUUAUGAUCCUUAGCAUAAAAUCGAGUAUUUUAAUAAUUUUUUACUCAUGUUCAGCGAGAAUGGCUUUGGUUGUAGGUACCGUAUAAUAUCUGAAAAUUAUUUAGAUAUAACUUACCUAGUUGUAAGAAAUAUUUAUUUAUCAUUCUCUAUCAUAUGUAAAUGUUGAAUUAUCAAUAAAGAGUUUACAAAUUCUA